AUGGUAUCUUCUUUGUAUAUCCAGUCUUUUUCAACUAAAUGCGCAUGUUAUAUUAGUAUAUAUAAUGUAACUAUCAAUGAACAAGGGUAUUCUUAUUAUGUACCAGAUAAACAAUGUAGAGUUAAAUAUGUUAUGUUGGUCGAUUGUGACUAUCCCCAAAUUCCAACUUUGACAUUGACCAAUUCGUCGAUCAAUGUGGCCAGUAGCCAAGCUGUGCUGAUAUCAAUGUUGAAUAAUGGUGACCGGAAACUAUGGAUUGUCACGCUCAACUAUCCAAUCGGACAAACACCUGCAGUACCAGUGACACUCAAAACGGUUCUUGACCCAACCAUUGCAAACUGGGAAUUCCCAUCCUACUAUUGUCCAGACCCCAACAACGAUCUCCUUUUCCAAGUGACUCCACCUGAAUACCUUCAAGACGGUUUCACCACGAGAUUCGAGCUGCCUUUAGUAAAUAUAAAACAAGAUGGGUAUUUAGUAGCAUUGUCAACUUUUUAUAGGAAUAACCAGUCUGGAUAUACAUCACCAUUCAACUUGACCUUUGGUGCAACAUCAAUAUUUUCGAUUGGUAUUCCAAUUGUUCCUCGUUACACUGACGACAUUGAUGCUAUUGAUUAUGUGGUGAUUAGUGGAACAGAGACACAGUCACCAAUCGAAGCGUUCCCAUUGAAUAUAAUGCCAGGUUACUUUAUUCCGGUUGGUGCCAUGUUUGAGAUGACAACAACUAAUCCAGACAAAACUUUUUUGUUGUCGAGUGCUCUCAACAUUCCAAUCAUUCCAGUACAAGGAAAUAGUGGUGAUGGAAUGAAAUACCUCUAUUCAAGAGUCGCAAGUGACAUGAUCUCAGGUUUACCAAUCGCUUCUAAUUCCUACCUCCUAAACUCUAAUACCAGUACAUCAUUCCCAUUAUUAGAUCAAUCAUCAAUAUCUAUCCACCAAUUAAAGACUCCAAACGCACCAACACUUGCAGGAAUUGAUAUUAUAGUAGCAGAUAAUAUUAUUAGUCAAGUUGUGGCACUGUCUCAAUGCACCUUUCCCCUAAGAUUCAAAGUUGGCCAAUCUCCUAUCUACUCUAUACCUCCACCUUUUGGUUUCAGUGUGAUUGGAGGAGUAUCAAAAAGAUUCACACUUAUAUAUAAUGGAGUUGUAUCUCAGAAUCUUCAAAUGACCUUUUACCAACAAAACCCUAAUCUUCAAGAUUCACUUUCCAAUACUCGAGCGAAUCCAAAUUCAGGUUCUAUCAUUAUAGAUUCCUCUCUGCCAACAGUAUCAAAUAUUCAACUCUUAAAGGUAUCAACGAAUAGUUUUAUUGUAACAUUGCAACUUGGUGAUUCAUUGUCUGGUGUUGAGAGUUUUGUUUUCAGGAAUACAUACUAUGGAUUGAAUACCAUUGUCAGUGGUACUAUUAAUGAUGGAAUGUUUGUAUUUGAACAUACUGCUCGUAGUACCGAUAUAAAUGCCCUCGAACUGAGGGUGGUUGAUCGUUCCUCCAACUUUUUGUACACCCAAUAUAAUACUUUUGGUACCUAUGGUGAACCAAUUCCACCAACUCCAAUUAUUGAUUCAAUUGUGACAGCAGAAAACUUUACAAUGUUUCAAUUUAUUCCAAAUAUUGUUGAUACUACCAAUGGUCCAAUGAAUGUAUCUCUUGUUUUCAACUUGACCAGUAGUCCAUUUAAUAGAUACACAAGUUUGGACUUGGUUUUGAUGUUAUCACCUUGGUCACCUAGUUUCCAAUCGACCUAUCGAUCGUUAAACAUUACCGCCAAAUCCUACUAUCAUCCAUUGGAUCAAUUAUUUAGAUGUGAUUUUACUGUACCACAAUACACCAAUAAUAUCACAUCAGCCUAUUACAACUUUGAUCUUUAUGGAUCACUAUUAUCAUCUAUUCAACCAUCACUUGUUGCCAAAUUUGGUCAAAAUGCAACUUUAACCAUUCAUUCAAAUAAUUCAAUGGAUAAUUUACCACCAUAUUUUGAAUCAAUGGCACUUCCAACAACACUGGUAGAUGGUAAAUUAGUUUAUGAAUUUACAAUUGUCGAUUAUUUGAAUGGAUUUGAUAAUGGAUCUGUUGAAAUUAGAUCCGAUGCUUCACCACUUACUCAGGUACUGCGAUUUGAUAAAUCAUCACCAGCUUUUAUUAGUGGCAACAGUUUUAAAUCAAAUUGGAGGUUUGAGAUACCAAUCGAUGUGGAUAUGUGUCUUUCUCAAUCCUACUCUAUUGGAAAGACAGAACUAUAUGAUACAGGAGAUACAAAUGGAGAUAUUGAUCCACCAACUAUAGUUUCAUUUGUGGUUUCUAGAACUACAAUGGAUGUUGGAUCAAAUGACAGAACUGUUUCAUUCAAUUUAUCAGUCACUGAUGGUCCAAGUGGAGUUGGAUUGGAUGGAUAUCCAACCAUAUAUUUAAUGGGGAAUCAAGGUGAAUGGUUGGCUGUAGAACCACUGGUCAAGACUACAGGAUCAGUCUAUAAUUAUAGUGUGACCGUUCCACAUGGAUUUGGUGUCAAUGGUAUUCUACUGUCACUGUAUGGACUAAGAGACAAGUUACAGAAUCUUGGUGGGCACUCUACAUCGUUGUUGAAUCAAGCUGGAUUCCAAUACAAAAUCAGUACAUCCUAUUCUACCAAUAUCCCAUCGAUAUUUAGUGUUUCUAAUCUUUACAGUUAUCCUUCCAACCUUUCAUCGGUGGUUGACUAUGAAACCAUUACUAUUCGUGGAAGAGGAUUUGGAAGUGAUAUCCAAGACUUGACAGUGGCCAUGCAACAAUCUGGUGGUUCUCAACCACUCCUCGUUGUCAUUUCCAUGGCAUAUCACAUUAUUCUAUUUGUACAAUAUGACCCAACAAAAAUUGUACCAGGUUCCAAUGUCAGCAUUGUUGUCACAAGAGCAUCCGGCCAAGAUACCUUUUCUGUCACCCCAACCAUUUUACCUCCUAGAGUAACCAAUUCAGUUCCAUCGUAUGUACCAUUUGAUCCAAAACAAAUACCAUGCGCAGUGUCUCCUACCUCGACACUUAAUUGUACUGGUAAUGGUCAGUGUACAUUUGACGGUUGUCUAUGCAACGCUGGAUGGUCAGGAUUCUAUUGCGAGUCAACAGUAAUCAAUACCGAUGAACCAACAUUCAAUCAAACGUCACCCAUUGUUGACAUUAUUGUAAAUGAUACAAAUAGUCAUUCGAUUAUUAAAUCAAUUAUUUCAGUGGUUGCAAUCAGAGAGUUGACAAUGGAUGAAACGGUAUUCAUAGAGUACAGACCAAAGAAUUGGACAUUAAAUAUUACAACACCAACCACCGAUAAUAAUAAUAGUAUUAUCAUGAAUUAUCAAACACAGUUGCAAAACAUAUCAACCAUUGUCAAUGUAACGAUUGAAUGGUUUUCAAAGGAUAGUCAAGUUAUAUUUGCCAAUCAAACCAUCAGUAUUCCAGCAACAAGUACAAAGGUAUCGAUUGGAUUAUCAUCCUAUCCAUUCUAUUCAUCAACCAAUACAUUACAAGUUGUUAUGAAGACAUCGAUUGAAGCUGAAUAUGAAUCAGAGUGCUCGACCAAAGAGUAUGGUGGUGGAUCAACAAAAGACAUGGAAUGGAUGAAAUUGGGAAUUGAUGACAAAACACUUUGGGGUCAAUUCAUUAAAAGAGGAAUUAUCGAUAAUGAUAGAAUCACAUCAAUCACAAAUGAAAUCCUCACAGAUUUUGUUGAUGACAGUGCUGGUACAAGUAACAGUAAUUCAUCAUUUACAACAACAUUUAUUGGAUUAAAUCUUCCACACUAUUCAGUAUCAGCACAAUUAGAUCCAAACUUUGUUCAUUUAAUUGAUGUCGAUAAUGAUAAAACUGGUGGAUCAACAUUGGAGUCAAUUUGCAAAGCCAAAGACAAUGGAUUGACAAUGGGCCAAAUUGCUGGUAUUGUUGUUGGAUGUAUUGCUGCUGCAGCCAUUGCCACUGCAACUACAAUCUACCUCGUUCAUCGUAGACGUAAACUUAAAUCAAAUCGAAAUAUGCAACAAAGAUUAUCAAGAGUUGAAAAACAAAUGAACUAA